UCUUUCUUUUUCUUCCUUCUUUUCUCUCUUUCUCUCAUCCUCUCUUCCUUCCUUCCUUCCUCUCUUUCUUUCUGAGCCAUGCCCAACUUCGCUGGGACCUGGAAGAUGAAGAGCAGCGAGAAUUUCGACGAACUCCUCAAAGUCUUAGGGGUCAAUGCCAUGCUCCGGAAAGUGGCUGUGGCCGCCGCCUCCAAGCCGCACGUGGAGAUCCGCCAGGAUGGAGACAAGUUCUACAUUAAAACCUCCACCACGGUCCGCACCACCGAGAUCAACUUCAAAAUUGGGGAGAGCUUUGAGGAGGAGACGGUGGAUGGCCGAAAGUGUAGGAGUUUAGCCACUUGGGAGAACGAAAACAAGAUGUAUUGCAAACAAACCCUUCUGGAUGGAGAAGGUCCCAAGACGUACUGGACGAGAGAACUGGCAGGCGACGAGCUCAUUUUGACUUUCGGGGCCGACGACGUUGUAUGCACAAGAAUUUAUGUCAGAGAAUGAAGACAGAAGAAAAGCCCCACAAUGUCAGCCGCCAUGGGAUGGGUGAGAGGAUGAAGAGAACGGAUUAAGAAGCAGAUGUUGUGGGGGAAAACAACAAUAAUAACAACCCUGCAUAGUAAACAUCCAUGCAUGUUGUCUGAAGAGCCGCCUCGAUCGUACAUGGCAUCUCAAAUCCCAGUCGACCAGCCCACAAUCUCAGGCUUUGUCUUUUUCCCACUUUGACUACAAACCCUGUUAGAAUCGUGUGUGCAUCUGUGUGUCUCCUUUCCCCCCCAUAUCCCUCCCUUGUUCAUUAUUAUUAUUAUUAUUAUUAUU